CCGUGCCGAUAUCAACAGCAAAGCUUUAGUGCAAGGAUCUGUUUUCAACAACAUGUGUCACCUCCACGCUUGUUAAGUCAGUAUUGUUGGGAGAGAGAGCUACAUCACAAGUUAUGACAUAAUUUAAGCCCUUUUGGGGCUUAAAUAUCUGAGAUAUCUGGAUAUCUGAGAUAUCCAGGGACUUCUACAGAUAAAAAGUUCCUUUUUGUUUACUGUCUUUUUGCUUUUGAAAAGUUCUGGUGACUAGGAUUCUUACUAUUUUAGAUUGGGUUUUUAAUCUUGUAAAUAUUUAGUGAUUUCCCCCCCACCUCAAAUGUAGAAGUACACGUCAGACUGUAAAACUGAAGGGGAAGCAAAGAUGCAGAAGAUAAGGCCUAUUUUUCAAACACACGGUAUCUGAAUUUUUGGGUCUGUCAGUGCUUCUAUGCUCAGUCAGAAGCAUUUGAGCCUGAUUUUUUUUUUUUUCUUUUCUUUUUCCCACUCCCCCUCCCCGAAAUGCUGAGCACACAUCUCCAAGUGAAACGUACACUUAGCAUAUCUUAAACUUGGACCCACAAAGCAGCUAGGAGCCGUCAAUAUCCACUUCUGGUUUGAUUUACUUGCAGAAAGACCCCCCAGAAAAGGCAGCAGGAGAAUUAGAAGUCUGUCUUGACUCUUGAACUUAAGUUUAGAUCAUCAGCAAGCAUUGCAGAAAGCACGAUGCUGUGAGAUUCCUGAGCUUCUUGAUUAAUCGGCGUCAGAUGUCCAGGUCUCUGUUCCUGUUCUGUCCAUUAUUACAUAGGAAUUAACAAAAUAAAUGUUUGUGUGAUCAUUAAAUUAGUCAUAACCACAAGAAUUUAUUCAGUCGCCUAAUGCAAAAAUAUAGCAAGCAGAGAAGUGUGUCUCCUCCUGUGGCGUAGUUGUAAUGCAUCCCUUCAUGCUUCAGUGUCUAAAAAGCCUUCGUUCUCUAGUCGCGCCUUAAUGUGCUGCCUCAUCGCUGUAGCUUCUAUGUGAUAAUUUUGCUCCUGUAUUUUUGUAGCUUUUGUCUUUCAGAGAAGCUUGAACGGAAGGCUAAUCAGCGUAAUUUUUAAUUGUUAAUUUGGCUCACUCUCUGAAGCUGAUUAGAUGACCUUGCCAAGGAAUCAGUGGGGAAUUGUUAGAGCGAAGCGAGCUAGCUCGGUGAACUGCCAGCACUCUGGCGUGGUGCCACCCUUGCUAUUUAUAGACUUGUAAGAAGAGUCAAGCACUGAAGACAGCUCCUGAUUUGAGUACCAGAUGACUCGCACACUGACCUGAAGCAGAGUUACUGCCCGGGAGCUGCAGAAGUCUGAUGAGCAGAACUCCGUUUUUCAAGUCAUUCAGUGCUAGUUUCUUUCUCAUCCGCUUAUUUAAAGCCACCUGCAAUUCCCGCAUUUCCCGAUCAUUGGUGUAUCCUUAUGACUUUAGACUAACGGAGAAAGAGAAAACUAGUAUCUGCUACUUGUCCUUCCCAGACUCCUACUCAGGUGGCCUGGGGGAUACUCAAUUUAGCUUCCGCCUUCGUCAGUCUGGGGGACAGAGGACCACUCAUUACGAGGAUGAUGGCGAGUACAAUAGAGAAGCACCCCUAACGCUGCAGCGGGAGUCAGCUCAUUACUUUGGUUAUGUAUACUUCAGGCAAGUCAAGGACAGCUCGAUGAAGAGAGGUUAUUUUCAGAAGUCUUUGGUGCUGGUGUCACGCCUUCCAUAUGUGAACUUGUUCCAGUCAUUGCUGCAGCUGAUUGCUCCGGAAUAUUUUGACAAGCUGGAGCCAUGCCUGGAGGCAGUGUGCAAUGAGAUUGAUCAGUGGCCGCCUCCUGUGCCAGGACAGACCCUGAACCUUCCAGUGAUGGGAGUUGUCAUUCAGGUGAGAAUCCCAUCGAGGGUGGAUAAGCCAGGAUCAAGCCCAGUGAAGCAGUUCAAUCAAGAGAAUCUGUUACCAGCCCCACUGGUACUCCCCAGUAUUCAUGAACUGGAUCUCUUCAGGUGUUUCCAGCCAGUGCUAAUUCACAUCCAGAUGUUAUGGGAGCUGAUGUUACUGGGAGAGCCAAUUGUUGUAAUGGCACCAUCCCCUACAGUUUCUUCAGAAAUGGUUCUGGCACUUACCAGCUGCCUUGCUCCUCUGAGGUACUGUUGUGACUACCGCCCCUAUUUUACUAUCCACGACAGUGAAUUUAAAGAGUAUACCACCAGGACACAAGCUCCGCCAAACAUUGUUGUGGGAGUCACAAACCCUUUCUUUAUCAAAACUCUCCAGCACUGGCCACACAUUCUUCGGGUUGGGGAGCUCAGAAUGUCAGGAGACCUGCCCAAGCAAGUUAAGGUGAAGAAGCUAGCUAAACUAAAAACUCUAGACACGAAACCAGGAAUCUAUACUUCUUAUAAAACAUUUCUUCACAAAGACAAAACCCUGAUAAAAAGAUUACUAAAGGGGAUUCAGCGGAAACGCCCAUCUGAAGUCCAAAGUGCCCUUCUGAGGCGUCACCUCCUGGAGCUCACCCAGAGCUUCAUUAUUCCCCUGGAGCAUUAUAUUGCCAGUCUGAUGCCGCUGCAGAGGGCCAUUACUCCGUGGAAGAAUCCUCCACAGAUUCGUCCUUUCCGUCAGGAAGAUUUCAUGAAGACCCUUGAGCAUGCUGGUCCCCAACUUACCUGUGUACUUAAGGGUGACUGGUUAGGACUCUACAGGCGUUUCUUCAAGUCUCCCAACUUUGAUGGCUGGUACCGUCAGAGGCACAAGGAAAUGACCCAGAAGCUGGAGGCCCUUCAUUUGGAGGCAAUCUGUGAAGCGGCCCUUCCCAAGCCAACAGAGUGCCAGACUGGAAGCGUCAUCUGUUGCUGGCUUCCUCAAUGCCUAAUGAAAAUAGAACAUUGUGGCCUGGAUGAAGGACAAGUCUGAGGUGGAGAUUGUAGACCUGGUGCUAAAACUUCGUGAGAAGCUGGUAAGAGCCAGGUGCCAGCACCUCCCUGUGAAGGAGGAAACUCUGCAGCGGGUGGGCCUGUAUAUUGAGACCAUCAUUGGCUCCUUGCCGGAGGAUCUCCAGACUGUGCUGCACCACCACUGAGCACGGUGAAGGGACUCUGUUGGAGAAGGAAGGGCCCUCCCACCCUGCUCCGAGCUGUGGGCAGCUGCAGUUGCAUUUGGAAAGGAAAGUUCUUCCCCCAUCCAGCCAACGUGACCCGAUGUGGACCGUGCUCACAACUGUGUAUGAUUUUGAGCACGUGAGCAUGUGGGUCAGAACUGUAGCAGAAAUGGGGAACCGUGUGCACUAUUCUCUGUCUAGUCCUGCUUUGAGGAGCUGGAUUAGGGGAUUGUAAAUGAGAAACUGUUCCCUGUGUGGCUGUUAGUAGGUCAGAAAGUGGCAGCCAGGCUUCCAGCAGCAUGUGAUAGGCUGUGCAAAACAUGUGUUGCCCAUAUAUACACAUCCAUCUUUGUCUAGUGCUUGGGCUCUCAAAAUUUCAAUGCCGCCAUCCUGCCUGGAAGAAGCAGGACCAGCCCUGUAGGGGGGAGUUGUUUUCAGGAGAGCUCCUGAUGAUAAUGAGAGAGAUGCUAGUCCCCCACGUACAAAUGAUGUGAAAAAAUUGUCACUGCCCAUUCAGCAGCCUGGCUCAUGCCAGCAAGAGCUUCAGCUGUGAUGGGAGUGGGAGGAUGAAUUGCUGGACGUGGAAUGCUGCUGUUUUUUCCCCAAGGCAGAGACAGAGUAGAAGGGGCUGGUGCAUCUGCAAGGAACAGAGCUCUCCAGAGAUCACGGCUGGGUGAUGUGUGAAUGGGAAUAGUUACUGGAGCUCCACAGAGAGGAGCUGGCCUCCAAGUGUAAUUUAUUCUGCUUGAAAAAUCAAGUUUGUGUGCUCUAAUAAUGUACAAGACAGCUGGAGCUCUGCCUUGGGCAAUGAGACAUCUAAUGUGGUAGCUCACUUGCCGAUAAAACAUGUUGGAGAAUCUGAUUUUUACAGCCUGUGUCAGCCUUGCCAAGUGGGAGCUCACGGAGUGGCCCUUGCGUGGGUGCGAGGGCCCCGCUGUGAGAGGUGCGUGCUCGCCCUGUGCUGGGGUCAGUGGGGAGCAACCUCUCCAGCUCUCACCACAACUUGUUCUUACCACAACCCAGUUUCCAGCUCGGUCAUUCUGCUCCCGUUCACCUCUUGGGAAAGAGAGACAUGUGUGUGUGCUUCUAGGAUGAAUGUAGGAAAGACUUGAGGCUCUGCUACCGGCUUUGGAGGCAGUUGCCCUCUGAGAGAGCAGUCUUUCUGCCCGCUGCCUUGCAAAUGGAUUUACUGUAACCCCAGGGUUGAUUGCUGCUGCUGUCACUGCAUUUCACCAUCUGCCAGGCUGGCCAGGGCCUGAAUGUUUGCCCUAAGAAUGGUUUUCGGAUGGGUCUGGCAGCCUGGUGCACUCCUGUUCUGUAAGAAGCCCCGGAGCGUACCUUCGCACGUGGCAGGAGAGUUCGGCAUUUCAGCCGAGACCUGCACAAAGCUGUCGGCAGUGCCCAGAGCUCAUGGGGUGGAAGCUGUGCUGUUUCACCAGCAGUCUCUGCCCGUUGCUGCACUGCCUCGGGGCUGGGUCAGUGAGUCUCAGAGGUGGCUGAACCCUUCCUGCGUUUUCCCCUCCAGAGCCAGGCACGGACAGUGCAGGAACAGCGGGAGGCUGCUCGGUUUCCCACCGCCUCCAGCCUGGAAGCGGCCAAGCGAGGAGACACGGCCAUACCUCCCCGUAGCAACGAAUUCUGUACAAUACUCCUUAGUGGCAGCCCUGCCUGUACAGUGUAUAUUCUGUAUAUAGAGUUCGUGUGUGCGUCCGUGCAAUAGCUCUGCAGUGACUGUGGUGGACCGAAGCACUAAUGUAUAGUAGAAAAUACUAGUUUA